CUCCCCUGCUCUAUAUAACAGUGAAGCUUUGGCCAUUGAUCACCGCAAUAGCCGAGAAACAGAAAGAAACAGAGAGAUCUCAUGACUUCUGACAAGCUGAGGCUGGAGGGGAAGGUAGCCAUCAUAACUGGCGGAUCCAGCGGCAUCGGCGAAGCAACCGCCCGCCUCUUCGCCUCCAACGGUGCCGCAGUCCUCAUCGCCGACAUAAACGAUUCCCUAGGCCAGCUCGUCGCCGGCUCCAUCCCACCCCCCGGUCGCUGCACCUUCGUCCACUGCGACGUCCGCGAUGAACUCCACCUCGCCGCCGCCGUCGACCUCGCCGUCGCCACCUACGGCCGCCUCGACAUCUUCUUCAGCAACGCCGGUGUGGCCGGCAAAACCAGCGCCAUCCUAGACCUCGAUCCCGCUGAUUUGGACGACGUGCUCGCCGUCCACGUUCGUGGCGCCGCGUUGGCCAUCAAGCACGCCGGGCGGGCGAUGGUGGCGGCGGGGACGAGGGGUUCGAUCAUCUGCACGGCAAGUGUCGCGGCGAUAUUCGGUGGGCUCACUCCGGCGGCCUACACGGCUGCAAAACACGCGGUUUUGGGGCUUGCGAAGGCGGCAGCAGCGGAGCUCGGUGAGAAAGGGGUGAGGGUCAAUUGCGUUUCGCCGUUUUAUCUGGCGACGCCGAUGUCCUGCACGGCGUUAGGGUUGGAGUCAGCGAAAAUGGAAGAGAUUUCGUGCGCGGCGGCGAAUCUGAAAGGGAAGGUGUUGAGGGCGGAGGACGUGGCGGCGGCGGUGUUAUUCUUGGCUUCCGACGAGUCGGGUUUUAUAAGCGGGCAUAACCUCGUCGUCGACGGCGGUACGACGGCGGUGAACUCCACGGUACCUAAAUUGAUCGAAGAGUUGUUCGAGUGACGGUUCCGAACGGGAGAUUUCAUUUAGAAUGGAGAAGUUCUAAAUUGGAUAUUUCAAUUUGGGAGAAAUAAUUUUUAGCCACUAAUUAUGUGC